AUGGCCAUGGCGAGGCGGCAGCUGAAGGAGUGGGUGUCGGCGGCGGCGGACACGACGUCGUGGUGCGUGGCGCUGUCGCUGGUGGCGAUGCUGGUGGUGGUGUGCACGCUGGGAGCCGGCGAUGGCUGUGCCGGUGCCGGGGAGGGCGGCAUGGUGGUCGUGCGGGGCGCGGCGCUGUCGGCGCGGCCGUGCGAGGAGAUCUACGUGGUGGCGGAGGGCGAGACGCUGCACAGCAUCAGCGACAAGUGCGGCGACCCCUUCAUCCUGGAGCUGAACCCGCACGUGCACGACCCCGACGACGUCUUCCCCGGCCUCGUCAUCCGGAUCACGCCAUCCAAGCCCAGGUAG